AAACGUCCCCCUGCAUCCAUUGCCUGUGCGCGCUCCCUGGGAUUUUGCGUAACCACGAUCGGUGCCCGCUGUGUCCGGAGGACACAGUGGAACACCAAUCACUGUAAGGGACCUCUGUGUCCAAUCAGUGAUCACAUGAAUAAUAGUAAACAAGAUGUCACUUCCUGACAUCAUUGCUUACUAAUUUUUUAAAUCUGUGAUCAUUGAGAAGUACUGAGUGAGCUGUGAUUGGUCACAGCUUGUCACAUGGUACAAGGCUUUUGUGAAUAGCCUUGUACCAUGUGACCUCUGUGAUCAUUCACAGAUUUCACACGUA